CUCGUCAGUGUGCUGCCGAUUGGGGUUUUUGCCCUCCUCCAUGCCAAAGUCUGCUCCAGGGGAGCCUGUAGGAGCAGGGGAGGCCGGCGGGUGACAGCCGGAGACGCGCCACAAUGGAGACAUUCAGCUCCAGGAACCUGGCCAUGCAGGCGGAGAAGAAGAUCCUGAGCCACAUGGCCAGCAAGUCGGUGGCGAACGUAUUCCUGGACGACACCAGCAGCGAGAUCCUGGACGAGCUGUACCGGGUCUCCAAGCUGCACACCCAGAACCGCUCCGAGGCCCAGAAGGUCAUCAAGAACCUCAUCAAGGUGGCGGUUAAGAUCAGCGUGCUGUACCGCAACAACCGCUUCAGCGCCGGCGAGCUGGGCCUGGCGGAGGAGUUCAAACGCAAGCUGCACCAGGGCGCCAUGACGGCCGUCAGCUUCUACGAGGUGGAGUUCACCUUCGAGCCGGGCGUGCUGACCCAGCUGCUGCAGGACUGCCGGGAUAUGCUGCUGCAGCUGGUGGAGAAGCACCUGACGGCCAAGUCCCACGGCCGCAUCCGCCACGUCUUCGACCACUUCGCCGACGGCGACCUGCUCAGCCAGCUCUACAGCCCUGGGGAGCCCUACCGGCCCCACCUGCAGAAGAUCUGCCAGGGCUUGAACAAGCUGAUAGAGGAGGGGAAGCUGUGAGCAGGGUGGGAGGGGGCCUUGCCUUUCGCCUCCUUCUCAGCCAGCAAAAGAUUAGGGGAGUUGGGGGCUUGUAUCCAGUGGGGGCCUGGAAGCACCUUACUCCCUUAGGCACCUAUGGAAAUCCUAGCCAAGGAGCAAGGACGUUCAGGUUUAUAGGGGAUGGAGAACUGGGUGAUCCCACAGGACAGUCAAGCCUCGGGCAUGUCCCACUUGCACUCAGGACCGUCCGUGCUUGCCGCAUCCGCCCCAGUCCUCUCCACGCCCUCACGGAUUGGGCCCCCCCGGCCCCCGACUCUGUCCCCCCGUCAGUGACACUUGCAGAGCGGUUAUUUUUGUACACACUCAUCUUGUCGUUGUUACUAACACUUUAUGGGGCAGAAGCCACGCCUGCCUCGCCGUGUCGCGCCGGGGAGGCACCAGGUUCGGCCUGGGCAGUUACCCCUUGAUGGUACAGUCUGUAAGGCCGGCGGAGGUGGGGCUGGGUUCAGCUCCCGCUGCAGGGCAUUAGGGGGCUGGGCCGAUGAAGGCAACAGAUCAAUUCCCCCCUCAAACACUCCUCAUUGCAGGGUUGCCCGUGGCCGAAGGGAUCAGUCGAGGCUCCACCGAGCCAGCAAAACAGAGGGAGGUGGCAGAUUCUGAGCUUUUACGUCAAUUGCACAGAAACGCAACGCCCAGGGGAAGGGACCAGCCACCGGCGUGAGCCCCUGUCCUUGCCGCCUGGGUCCCCAGCGGUGAGGUCGGGUCCCCAGGGCUGCGCCCAGGGGAGCUCUGCCCCCGCAUCAAGCUCAGGUUUAGGAGCUUAGCUCCAGCCAUGCAGAGCUCACGACUGUCCCUCCCCGAGCCCAGCCGCUGACACGGGCGAGGCCACGAGCAGGGUGAGAAUGGGGGGCACCCCGCACGGGUCAGAAACGCCGUAUCGGUCAAAGGUCCCGCAGGCAAAUGGUAGGGUCCCCCCCAUGCCUUCCCUGGCCACUCUGCCCUCCUGCCCCAGUCCCUCAUCCCCCCAGCACUGUGAUCCCAGUUUAUGGCCAAUGCCUUGGCAGCCUACGGUGGGCUGGAAGGCGGGUGGGUUUCCCAUGGCCUGUCGGAGGGAGGCGCUGACUCAUGACUCCAGGAGGUCCCUUAGCCGCUGGGCUCCCUCCACUGCAACCCAGGGGCUGCAGAGGUCAAGCAAAGGUCCCAGCAGCUGCCUCGGAGCGGGCGUGUUGGGAACAGACCAGCAGACAAGGCUACCUUGGCUGGCAUGGGCACAGUUAAAGGGUGGGCAUGCAGCCCUCAGAGCCACCCUCCCCUGCCCGGUUUGCUGCCACGCUGGAUGCUGCCAGCUCACCGAGAACGUGGCUGGACAUUGCACAACCCAGGCCUGCGAAGUCAAACAGCUCCCGGCGUAGGAAGGGGAGACCAGAGCCAGAGCUCCCUGGGAAAACAGCCCCUCACCAAGGGGGGCACGAGGACACCCCUUGCCUGCCCCCACUUUGAUAGCCUGGCCUGAUCUCCACACACCCCCGAGUUCCCCUCCCCUGUCCCUCUCCAGCACUCAGCUGCUGGGCUCCCACUAACCCAGCGUAUGGCUUUGUCUCCCCCUCAUGGUUGGGGUAAGAGGCUGAUUGGUGCCCUGGUGGCAUCAAUUAGUGGGGGGAACAAAUGCCCCCCCCUUCCCCAAAGUUUUUGCACUUGCUCAAAGUUCCGCAGGCUGCAGAGCUGGGGCGGGGGGGGGCACUCAUGGCCUGAACCCUUUUAAUCAGUGGCGCUGGACUGACUCAGUGCGGCUGCUCCCACCGCAAUCCAGAGCAUUGCUCCGGCUGCGGGGCCAAACCUGGAUCCGGCUACUCCGCGGGGCAGCCGGGCCAAAGGGGACUGCGACCUGAGGCACGGGGAGGCUGGCCCUGGAUGGCGGAGCACGGGGGAGGCUGCUGAAACCUGCCCCUCGGCGACACCGGCUCCCGCACGGCCUGGGUAAGAGAAAAGAGGGACUCCAUGGCCGAUGGGAUCCAGGUCCCUGUGGGAAGAAGGGGGACACAAGCAGAGUGGAACUGGGUCCCUGCCAUGCAGGGACUAGAAUUCACACACACCCCCGAAGAAAUAUCUGAAUUGGUGCUACUACACGGCCCCGUGCCUGUCCCAUUUAGCCCUCACAGGCCACCCCUUAAGAAACCUGGAUUUGGGGGAACACAUGCCCAGCGCUUUCUGGCCCCCAGAAAUUAAACCCUCACUGAAGGAA